AUGCAAAUUGAUGGUACCGGUUUACAGGAUAUACAUUUAGCUGAUGGUUGUAGGGUUGUUUUAGCAAUAUCAUGUGACAUGAAUUGUCCAAAUUGCAUUACCAAUGCAUUGUAUUUCUCAUGUAGUACAGCUUGUGAACUAGACAGGAGAAUACGUGAUACUUCACGUGCUGUUGGACGUAAAUUUUUAUAUUAA